AGAUCUGCACUGACUGCACUCUGCAUCUGAUCUGCAGUGAAGAGCGCAUCGCACUUUUGUUCGUAAGUUUAUGAAUGUUUUGAGCCGCUUCAUCCGCCACCAGGUGAUGGACAACCCUGACCAGCCUCCCGAAGGCGUAACAGACGUCCCUCCUUCUCCUUCCAACGAUGAAGAACCUCCCUCACCAGGACUUCAGCGGUCUGGGAAAAGACGCCGCCGGUCCUCAUCAAUAACGUCGUCCGACGAUCAAGAGGCCAUUGCCCGCAGACGCGAACAAGCCAGGGUUCGAAAGCAGAGGGAAAGGUCAAAGGAAACUGAAGAACAGGCUGAUCGCCGCAGACUUCUAAAUCGUCGACAAACUGCUGCGACACGCUCUCAGGAGACGCAUGAACAAACUCAAGAACGUAGAGACCGUAACUGCCGCCGAGCUGCUGAGGCACGUUCGCAUGAGACACCUGAGCAGGCAGACCAUCGCCGAAGUCAAAGCCGUAUGCAAGUUGCCAGAGCGAGGUCACUCGAGACGCAAGGGGACACGGAGGUACGAAGAAGCCAAAAUGCUCAGCGGGUGGGAGCACCCCCGGAUGAAAAUGCAUCCGCCACAGGGCCAGAUCCCCACGUACAGCCUAUGGCCACUACGAGAGCAGCUAAGCACGUGUCGACGAUGACUGCCCCUGAGCUCCAACACGGCAAGCGUAGUCACCACCAGCAGCAGCAACAGCAGAGUAGUAGUAAUGGCACGUGGACAGGGCCCACUGAGCACACGUCCGAGCGACGCAACAGCGGCAGCAGCAGCAGCGGCAGUGGCGGCGGUGCCUCGACUGCCGCCAACGGCCGUGGUGUGCGCGCGACGGACAAGCAGAGCAGCGGCGGUGGCCUGCUGUCGCCCGAUGGACAGCGACGCAACGAGCCGGUCGUGCGCUUCAAGCGCAAGUACGCCGGCCAGCAGCUGGAGGUGACGUGCAACGGGCAGCGCGCCAUUCUGGACGUGGACAACCUGCCCGAUGCCGUGGGUUCCAUGAUGCACGCCAAGCGCCAGUGCGUCGAGUACAACGGGCGCAUGAUGACGCCCACCGAGUUCGAGACGGCCACGGGCUACGGCUCGCGCAAGAACUGGCGCAGCAGCGUGCGCAUGGGCAACCAGUCCAUGAAACAGAUACUGGACUCGCUGUGCAACGAAGAGUUCUCCUUCAAUGUAGACUCCGAGCGGAAAUCGGCGUUCAGCCCGGCGUCCACCUCCACUCAGAGCCAGAAGCACCAGCGCUCCUCCUCGGUCAGCACGGCUAGCAGCGUCAAGUCCCCCGUCGCUCAUAGCAACGGUGUAACUCAGUCGUCGGCACCGUGUACCCCCGCCCAAUCAACGCUGGCCACCGUGCUCACCUCGUUCUCCAACGAUCACCUGCAGAGACGAGUUCAGACCAUAGCCGUGCCCAGCAACGAGAACCCCAGCGCCAGCAUGUCCGUUUCACCGACGGUGGCGGCGAUACGAGGUGGUUCGCCGCACGCCUACGCCCCGUUGCCAAGCUCCUCGGCCCUGCCGUCAUCACGACAAUCGUCCCCGCCCUCAUCCCGCGCUCCGCAGCAGCAGCAGCGAUCGCGCGAGGGGAGCAACGGGACGGCGCUGGGCAAGCCGGCCGGCCGCGCCCACGGCUCUCUAUCGCCAGGGCAACGCGACCGGCAUCACGGUCACAAUAGCAAACGCUCUCGCUUCUCGAAGACGGGCGCGGCCGAGAACGGCCUUCCGGACCUGAUUCCGGCUCGUUCGGCUCAGCGCACGCCGUCUAAUGAUUACUUCUCUCCCCAGGAGUCUUCUGCUGCUAGUUCGGACAAGUCGUCGCGAUGGCCAGGUGUUGACCUGAAGAGGUCCCCGCCGAUCAGACUCGAGUACAGCACAGAUGCGCGUGAGGACGGCAUGUCCAUCACAGUGUCUGCAGAGCCGGAGGACGCGGAUAGCAAUGCACAGCUCUACAUCAUGGAGCCCGGUCCAAGCCACCAGAUCGUCACGCCAGUUCAUAUGCACUCUCCCCCGGAAGCGCUGUCGUCGUCAUCGUCGCCAUCACUACACGAGGACAUGAUCGUCGGCCGUAAGUUCCCCGCCGGCCACCCGCACACGUGGACCUGUCACCAGGUGGCUCUCUACCUGCGCUCCUGCAACAUGGCCGCCGCAGCACGAGCCUGCGAAGCCGAUGAAAUCAACGGGCGUGCUCUCCUCCACCUGCGUGAGGAGCACAUGCUAAACCGCUUCCGCUUAAAACUGGGAACGGCGCUGAAUCUCGUCGAGCUGAUCAAGCAGAUCAAUCUCCAUUUCUUUCCGGCAGCGAGCAAGAACGGCUGCUAACGAUAGCCAUGGCCCUGGCAACGAUCACGUGUCAUGUAAGAAAUGGAAAUCCGGCCGCACGUCUAGCGGCCCCAGGGCGCUGGCCAUGUAGCCGUGGGUAAGCAGUACACACAUGCAUGGCUGUAUUAUUAUGCGCUGCUGGUCGCAUCGGAUCAACAUGUGCACUGCAUGCAACGUUCUGUAUGCGCUGAGGACGCCGGUCUCGGUCAAUCGAUUGGAUGUCCAUGUCCACGACAGUAGUUCAUGCAGGGAUGGGGCAUGGCUGUCAUGCGAAGCCGUUUGUCAUAUUAACAUGUACACCUUUCUCACUGUUAUGACUGCUUCGAAGUACACUGUCUUGUACACAUGUACCUCUCUUAUCCGGACCUCAACGUUUUAAGGGCAUCUCGAUAUACUGGGUACCCUGCAUGCGGGUGAGGUUCAGUGUAGAUAAUACUACUCUUUUGCCACUUUUUGUGGAAAUAGUAACGUCAUGGCCGAUCUCUGGCCCGGCCCCAUCACAGUCACGAACCUUUUCAAAGUGAUGGGCAGUGCCGGGAUACGAGAGGCACGCGUGUAUACACUCAUUGCCGAAGAUGCGUUGCCAUGGUGCAAAAAUGGCGUUGGAUGGCUACGCCUGAGCGCUCGCGCUGUCAUCGCAGCCCACGAGACGUCUUCCUGCUGUGCUUUCUUGACAAAUUAUUUUGUUUCGCUUUGUCCUUGUUGCUGGAGGGUUUGAUUCUUUGAGAUACUGUAGAGCGAUUUGGAGUUGGUCAGCCGAGAGUAGUCGUGAGAAAUGGAGAAAGAACGUGAGAGAACCUGAACUGCGGAUAAAGUCGCUCUGUUCCAGCGGAGGCGAGCAGAGAGUUACGAUCUCAGUGCCCAGGCACGUCGCUCCUGAUUAUUUCGAGUGGCUCGAUGUGCAAGUGGCACUCGAAACCAGCGCUGUGCAGAGUACCGAUGUUCCUGCCAGUGUCGCUGCUUUAGCCGGGCUGGCGCUGGCGUCUCCAGUGCAAGCAGUAGCUAAAACCAUUCCUGAACCGGUUCCAGUCAAACAAACUGUCGCUGCAGCUAGUGUUGGUGUUGUUUCUUCGCCUUCAGUGUCCGUGGGGUCAGCCGCAGUGGAAUCUGGCACUGACAGCCAACCUGCCAAGAAGCGGAAAAGAACUUCAGGCAAGGGCUACUACUGUGCUGUUCCGCUCUGCAGUAAUCGGUCUUUAGAUAUGUCACUUGCAAUUCAUCGUUUUCCCAGUGAUGCAGAAAGGUGCAAGUUAUGGCAAUUUGAAAUUAGGAGGGAUGUGGGAUCAAAUUUCAAGAUCACAUCAAACACCAGAGUAUGCAGCUCUCAUUUCAAACAAGAUGAUUACGUCGGCAAGCUCCUGUCUGGUGAGGAGCCAGAAAGAAAAUGGCUCAACCCCACCGCUGUGCCAACCCAGUUCCAGUGGACGGCAAGUCCUAAACCAGCGAGACGAGUUCUGAAGAGAAAACGUCAAGAGUCUGAGGAGCCACAAGAUAUUGAUGAUUCCGGGGUCGUUUCUGUGGUGUCUGAUGUCUGUUCGGCUAUUGACCCAGCACCGACCCCUGGUCCUGUGCAGGGUUUGCCAUGUGAUCACAGAUAUAUCAGUGUAAGUGACCCGAGUGAAGUUGAUGAUCACAUGGCUGGCCUAGAAAAAAGACUUCAGUGAAAUUAAAAAAGAGUACGAGAGCCUGAAGUGUCGUUCGAUCGAUUUAGCCAGCAUCAGAAACAAUCCUGACAAGUUCAGGCACUUCACCGGGCUGCCUAACUGCGCAGUGUUCUCUGCCCUGUUCAAAUACCUCGAACCCAAAGCCAAGAGGAUGCAAACUUGGCGCGGCCUAUCUACCCUUAGACAUUUGUAUGCCACUGGUCCUCAGCGAUGGCCAUUAGACGUUUCACCGACACUGGCUGACCAUCAUCAUCACAGAAUAUGAAUUUGUUCCAAUAAAUACUGCGUGAAUGUGAAAAAGAUUGUUACAUAUAUUCCACCUGAAAUACAAGUUCUAUCAACCAACCAAGUAUUCCACUUAGCUCAAUCUGUGCAUUCAGAAAUGAUUUGUUCCAGUAAUAAUCUAACAUCAGUCCGAAGUUAUUAUUCAGAAAUGUCCAGUGUCUGCUCUAGGACAGCCGGGUACACGUGUACCUGGCGCAACCAUUUCAACCGGGUCGGAGCCGGGUACACAUGUACCUGGCGCUGUCUCACCAGCCGAGUCACGUGCUUUAACUGGUUGGUUGGUUUAUUUUAAUUCGGACAAUAAACGGGAACUAGGCCCAAUGAUAUAAAGGCGAAUGGAUAAGCCGCAUUUAGAAAAGAGAGGACAGGAAUUAGAAAAUUACGAAGGAAGAAGAAGUAUCUGACACAUACAAGCAAGAGUACAUGAAAACCGUUUUCAUGUACUCUUGAUACAAGCCGUGUAGUCAGUCCUUUCAAAGUUCGAAAGUGUAAAGUAGUAACCGGGUCACAGGUGACCCAGUACUAUAUUUUCAACUGGGUCCAAGCGCCGCCCAACCGGGUGGAUUACCCGGCUCACCCGGCGCUGGAGCAGACACUGAUGUCUUGUAAGUCAAUGUUUUACUAUGAUGACAGACCAUUUUGAUCUCUGCCAAUUUCUGGUUUGAAGACAUAAAAAUGAUGAUUAUUGAUCCAGAAAGUCGUUAAAAAAUCAGUGCAAUCGAUGA